GACACCACAUUAAGGCUUCUACUAAUGAUUACAGCGCGCCAUGGCACCUUUGUUCACCCUGAUUUCCAGCGCCGCGGCCUCGGUACGAGGCUUUGCCGCCACUGCAACGAGAUUUCCAACAAGCACGGUGCUGCUAUGUACGUCAACGCAAGGCCGGCGUCUUUGAAGAUGUUCCAAGAUGUUGGGUUUGAGGUGGUUGGUGAGUUGAGGCUUGACAUGAGCAAAUAUGGACUAGACGAGGACGUUAGUCACGUGUUGAAGAGAGAGCCUCAGCCACAGUAGGUGUCCACGUAGUCGUGGGGUUUCUGGGAAAAGUUGCACACUUCGGCAAGACGGGCCGUCUAGGCGUUAUCCUCGUAUCAUUGGCUGUAGACCGGCAUGGUGUUGCAGAAGAUCUGCGGGGCUUGGAAAGGUUUGUGAGAUACCCCAGGAUAGAGCACUAAUCUCAACACUGGAUGAAGCAUACUCGACAUCGCAAAUUAGAAGACAGUGUCUACUCCAAUCACGUUUCGUCAGAGGAUCUAUUUUACCCAGUAGCUGCUUCUGAUCUACCCUCCGAGAAUUUGCUUGGAGCGCUUUGUCACCGAUGUUUGGGUUACCUCACCUUACUCAGAAAAAACCGACCUGACAUAAGGCUCUCACGCACAACAUUCAGACUACCAACUUUUUC